GCAAACAUAGAACAGCACCUUCCAAAGAUAUGCGAUUUCACGCCACCACCUGCACCUUCUAUCUGCUCCUUGGCGCUUUAGCCUUGGUCCAUGGCGACACUAUGAACACUCCCAACCUUCGCAGGGCGCAAGAAGCGUCGGCUGAGACCACAGUCGAGAAGGUACAAGAACCUGCGGCGGAGGCAAGCAUGCCUGCGGUGGCGGCUCCGGAUGCCAACACACCGAACCUCCGCAUGGAUAUGCCCAUGCCUGGGGCGAUGGACGGCAUGAACAUGGAGGAGGGCCCCCCCACAGAGGGAGAUGAUAACCAUCGAAAGCUCUGGUGGUGGAACAAGUACAACAACUGGGGCUGGAACGACCCG